AUGUCACGCCCCUCAAUCCAGGACAGGAUUCAUGUCACCAAUAUGCUGAGCAACAAGAUGCUGAUAGUGCAUUGUCGAUCCAAGGACGACGAUCUCGGUGGCCAUGCCAUUGCCAUCGGCGAAGAGGUCAGUUGGCAUUUCGAUCCUGACUAUUUUGGUCUAACGACAUUUUGGUGCGAUCUCGCGGUUGAAGAUAAGCGUCUUUCUUUCACGGCGUUCAACGAUGACGGUGACAAACCGUACAUCGAAUCGUGGGAGGUCUACGACGAUGGAGUCUACGGGAACAGAAGUCUGCCCGGCGAACGGUUCAUGGGCGCAUGGAGGCAAAUUGGGAUAAUUAAUUAUAUUAGGUCCCCAAAGGGUUUGUGA